AUCACCAUGGUUACAAGCAGUAGUGUCAGCUGGUGCGGUGGUGACGCAAGGAGAGUUAUCCAUAACAGCUCAUUCUCACAGAACGCGUGAGUUGUGAGCAGGUGUCUGUGUGGCGGCGCAGCAACAUGAUCUGGGACUGGUCCACAUGCACGGGGUGACGAGAUCCUACCUGUCUAUUUCUGAGUCGCCCGCCCGGCCCAAGGAGUAUUUUUAACCAUGGGCAGUAGUGGGCAUGAAGAGGGAGAACUGGGGGUAUUUUGGGCAUGGGUAGAGGGAGCCACCAGCAACAUGGCGCUAGCAUUUGAGGGCUUAGUUGAGCAAGUGCGGUCGUGGACGAUAGUUGGGGGCCUCAGUGGCCUGGGCCUGUCCUCUAUCAUGGAUACCCUCAAUACCCUCUUGAUUGGAUGGCUCGUCUUUGUCGUGUUGAUUCUGAUACUCAGUAGCUUCUUCUACGUCAAAUUCGUUCAAACGCUACAGAGUGAUGGCUCAGGGAAAUCCAGACAAGGGGAAGGACAAGGGGAAACUGAUCAGAUAAGGGCGGCCGUGCAGUUAUCCUCCGAGUCUUCGAGCAGUAAAGAAAUUCCUGUAGCCAGAAAACCGACGAUCGUUCCCGAUGGCCCACCAGAUCAUGCCUCACCCCCCGUAGCCACAGGAGCUGAUCCAGACGCUGUCAACUGGGCUAAUAACAUUUUUACGUGGCUAUUCAACAGUGCCGAUGGAGGCCUCACCGUCCGAAAGAUCUUCCUCGACACCCUCAACAGCAACACGGUCAAGACUGCACUUGAGACUGGCAUCCUGGUGGAAGUGGUUGAGGUUUACGCAGCGUCACCAGCUCCCUUGCUCUCCAACAUGGUGGUUGAUUGCAGCCCUACCGACAACAUCACCAUUACCUGCGAUUGCGACAUCGUGGUAUACCUCCGCCUCGUGACCACCAGGACGCAGAAGGAAGUCACCACGGAGAGCGAGUACGCAUGCGCCGUCAAGAGGCUUCGCGGGAGGCUCAAUGUGGCCAUCAUCACCGAGGAACUCAUGGCCGUUGUCAAGUUUGAUGGAUGGCCAGAGGUUUCUUUAGAAUUGGAAGGAAUUCGAAACAAUGCAACAGGACUGGGUGAACAGCAGAUGAUGGAUGUGAUAGAUGAAGUGGUUACAUCUGGGCUGCGGAAUUCAGUGUAUGAUGUCAACUUCCAAUCUGUACUGACUUUCCCAAGAUUCCGCCGGGCGAGGCAAGCACCUGACCGCAUCAUCCCAGUUGGCUACGAUUCUAUGGUACGUGAGUUACAGACACAUCCACCCUCAGUGCCACCUAAGGCACCUAAGCCUAAACCAGCUUUGAUGAAUGUAAUCCAUGAUGAAGAGAUAGAGGUGGCAGGGGAAUCCUUCACUGCCAUCACAUUUCCUUCCAGCCUUUCACAACAAAUUGCUCUUACAACUAGUGAGGAACAGCUUAUUCAAAGAAACCUGAAUAAGUAUCCCUCACUUGAAAAAGAAAUGACUGAAUGCCAUAAGUCAUGGGAAGAAAACUAUGUACCUGCUGCUGAAAUUCCUGAGGAGGAAGAGGAGGUGCAGGAAACAGUAGAAGAAAGUCCACAGGUUGAGAAAUCAACUCCCCCCAAUCCUGAGGAAAAGGAGACAGCAUCUUCUAAUUUUGUUCUUGUGGUUUCUAAUAGACAAAAGCUGAUAGAUGAACCAAGAAGUGCAAUAUCUGUUGAGGAAACAGAAGAAGUAGAGGAACCUAUGCCUGUCUGCAAAGUUGAUGAAGAACCAUGUUUAAGAAGAGGAGAUGCAAGUAUUCUAGGCCAACCAAAAGUGGAAGAACCAAUACAAAUAGAGGAAGAAGAUGGGGAAGACCUUGAUGAGCCACUUCGUCUUGAAGAUAUGGAUUUCAUGGACAAGUCUAUGACUGCUACCUCAGGAUUUGGACCACUACCAUCUCUUCCUGGCCUGCAGAAAGGACCAUUUGUAAGUGAAGCAUGCCAUGUGGGAUUGAAGGUUGAUGUUGCUACUGAACUUCCUAAGCUUGACCCUAGACUUGAGACUGCAGCUAUUGAUCAGGGUGUGGCUUCUGACCUCUCUGAGUGUGACCAGGAGGUUCUGGUGCCUGUUCAAACCUUUUCACAAACCCCACUCUAUAACCAAGCAAUGAGUGAUGACCCUAGUCUGUGUUGUGACAGUGAUGUUGCUAAUACCCUCAGUGGUACCCAGGUAAACCCUUCCCCUAGUUCUUCUUCUUCUUCAGAGCCUGACAAAAUUGCUUUGCCUAAAUUAGUGGCCAGUAGACGUGUGGAAAGCUAUGAAGAUUUCUCAUUUUACAGUCAAAAUGCAAAUGAGGGCAGAAGUGUAAUAUCAUUAGCAGAGUCCAAAGAAGAAAAAUAUCUUGGUCCUCCAAACAUUGUAAAAGAUUCUUGUCUGGAGGAGAAUGAUAUCAAUACUUGGGAAAGUAGAAGCUGUUAUAAGGUAAGCUAUAAUGCUAACAAAGAGGAAGAUGCAGAUCUGAGUGGAUCAGAGCUAGGUGUUAUUGAACAAAAUAUAAGACUUAGUGAAGAAGAUGAAUAUGUAGUAAAGGAAAACAUACAGUCUAGCAAGAAGGAGAAUAAAAGUGUUAAUGAGACAAGUUUUUGUGAGUUUACUGAAAAUCUUUUUAAACCACUUGAAGUACAAGAAUUCAGCAGAAUCAUGUCAGAUGAGCUUUCUAAUGAGGAAACAUAUAUACAAGAUCAGAAAGACAAAUUUGAAGCUGAUAUUAUAACAGAAGAGUCCUUUGAAGUUAAAUGUGAAGUUAAAGAUAAAGCUUAUGAUACUGAGAUGCCAAAUGACAGUAAGAAUCAAAAUGAAAGUUCUAAAACAAAAACAGAUUGUGAGGAAAUUUAUUUCAAUCUUCAUACCUAUGAAUAUAAUGACCAAAAAACACCAUUGGCUAAUGAGAGUGAAGAGUACCUUAGAUUGGUAAACUUAGAAUGCAACCAGAAUGAAUAUAUUACAGAAACUUAUUCUGAGGAAGACACACAAGAAAAUGUAAAUAAAAGAGAAGACACAGGAGAUGAAGAGGUCUUGGGCAAAGAAAACUUGAAGGAAAAUUCUAAAGAAACACAGAUAUACUAUGGAGAAAAAGUCACAGAACAUCAGAUGUGGGAAACUGGGGAAUUAUGUUUAGAAGUUGAGUCUGGAUCCAUUGACUUGGAUGACAUGGAAAUGUAUAAGAGUCAUGAGGAUGACUGUGUGUCCCAACUUCACAGUGUUGAAAGUGUUGAAGAAAUGAAACCUAUACCUCAAAGUCUCACAGAUUUUGAUGAGUUUAUUGUGAGCAGAGAAAUGAGAGGACACAAGAAAGGCAUUAACUCUUUCAGGAAACACAUGAAAAUGGUAGGUAUGGAUGAAGAUGUAUACAUUAUUAAGAAUGAAGGAGCUUUAGACAGAACUGAAGAGUAUGAAAAGUUGAGAGAAAAAGAGGAUGAGCAAAUUCUAUUGCAUAACAUUACAUCUCAACAUGAAGAAGAAUUAAGCAGUAAAUGGUUGCAAGCUGAAGGUGCAGUAAAUGGUCAGGAGACUUGUGAAACAUACAUGAAUGAAAACUUUACGAAAUUUGUAAACAAAUCAAGUGAUACUUCGGAAUUUGAUAGAGUAGUAUUUAGAGAUACUUUUUCGGAUAGGAAUAGUUUAGUGGAAGAUACAAUUGCCAGCUCAGAUGAAUUGUUCACAAAGACAUAUUCAACAACUUUGAUUGAGGAAAAACUCCGAUAUUCUGAAGAAAAGCUGAAAUUCCUCACAGGAAUGCUUCACCAGAUUCAAGAGUCUGAGCCAUUUAAGGAGGAUGACACCAAAGUUCUGAAUGUCCCUUAUGGUAAAUAUCAUGAAAGUAAGACUGAAGAAGAGCUACAACCUGGUCAGAUGAACUAUACUCUCCUUGUAAAUUCAUCUUCUGAUUCAGAGAUAGAGGAAAUAAUCAAUGCCUGCAAAGGGGAUAUGAACAAGGAAUUGGCUUAUCAGCAACCAGAUUCAAGAGCUGAAGAAAAAUGGAGGAGGAGUGAUAUAAUUGAGAUUGUUGAAGCAAACCAAGUGUCCACUGUGGAUAAUGACCCUGCUGAUAAAAAUGAAAUUUCUGGCACAGAAAUACAUCAGCUAAUAGAACAACCCAUGCAUACAGAACCAGCUAGUGAAGUUCUCAAAUGCCCUUUGCCACCACCUGAUGUGUUUACUAAAGCAGAUGACUUAACAGUGUGUGACACUACCAUACUAACCAGCUACCAGAAAACAUCUUACACAAGCAGGGGACACACCACAAGGGGAGACUCCAUGAUUAAAUCUUCUGUCACUUCUGGCCAACCUCAGUGGACCAGGUCUCUGCCAUCCUACCCUGUGUAUGGCACGUAUUAUGUGGCUCUUCAGUCAUCAACCACAGGGCAGUCUUUAGGAAUUCCUGGUCUUAAUGGCAAGAGGCUCUUGGUUAAGAUUGUUAAGGCAACAGGUGUUGGCUGUGAGAAAGCUGUAUUGGAGGGAUACACAGUAGUAGAAAUGGAUGAGCCACCCCAGAAGUUCACUACCUCGGUUAUUAAGGACACAAAUUCACCAUUUUGGGAUGAACAGUUUCUAUUUGAUCUCAGCGAUGGCACUUUAGAACUCCUUUUUGAACUUUAUGAUAAGAAGGAUGGAAAUUUCUUAGGCCUUGGCAUUGUAGGUAUAGAAGAACUAGUUGCAACUCCUUCUCAAAGGCAGAUUAUCCCACUACAGUCACGACCCUAUGAAAAUGAUGAAGUGUCAGGGUCCUUAACAGUAGAGUUUCUGUUUCUGGACCGGGCAGACUUGCCAGAUCUCACACUUCGUUCAAGCGCAACGAGUCAGAGUCUGUCAUCUAAGGGAGACUUGGUCACAACUACUACUACUACGUAUGUCAAGGCACCUGAUUCACAAGAUGUUAUUGUGAAUGGAGGGGAUGGAGUAGCUGCUGCAGCACUGAGAGACAUUGAGGAGAAGAAAGUAGUGGUUGCUAAUAAUGCAAGCAAGUCUACCAUGAUCAUCCACGCUUCCCGGAAGGUAAGAAAAAUAUAUGAAUACUGUACAAGAGAUUUAAAGUUUUGUAGUCUGUUAUUUAGUUUGGAUAUUCCCAGUACAGGACCAAUAUUGAAAAAAAAUCUUGGGCCUGAUGUUAUUGUGAAUGGAGGGGAUGGAGUAGCUGCUGCAGCACUGAGAGACAUUGAGGAGAAGAAAGUAGUGGUUGCUAAUAAUGCAAGCAAGUCUACCAUGAUCAUCCACGCUUCCCGGAAGCCUGAAGAAGAGGAAGAGUAUGAAGGACAGCCUGCGCAAGACCUGACAGUCCUGACGACCACAGCCACGACAACGACAGUUACUCGUACCACUGUUAGCCCAAGUAAAGGGGUUGCCAGCAUUACUACUCAGAGUCCUACUAUUACUAUGUCUACCACCACCACCAACACCACCACUGUAGCAAAUGCUGAUGGUGAGGAAGCCACCGAAAUCGAUGAGCGGGGUAGAAGUCGAGGAAACCGCCGCAAACGAGAUUCUUUCUUUGGCACGCUAAAGAAAAGAUUUAGUCGAUCCAAAGUCCGAUCAAAGAGCAUGGAACCCGGCAGUAGAGAUUUAUCCAUGGAUCGCGAUAUGUCUGUAGGGCGUUCUGUAUCCAUGGAAAGAACUGCCAAUAGAGCCUCAGGUCUUCUGGCAGUCCCUGCUAGUGCAGGUGGAGAUGGGGGCUCCACGAGGUCCUCCUUGAGUGAUGCUUCAGCCAUUAGUAGUUCCUCUACUCGCACAUAUGUGAAUGAGGCCUCCACACUCAUUGUUGAAACCCGAGAGAAUGGUGUAUUAAAACAUUACUUGAUUCCUCUAAGCCUACAACAAAAGAGUAAAUGGAGGAAGAAAGGACUUAAGCUCCAUGUCUUCAAUGAACAUACUUUUGUAGCCAAGCACAUGUCCAGCACAACUCCAUGUCAAGUUUGUCAGAAGACUCUGGGACGGAGGUUUGGCAAGCAAGGUUAUGAGUGCAGGGAUUGCGGCUUCAAGUGUCACAAACCUUGUCAUGUGAAAACCGAUACUGUUUGUCCUAACUCUACUGUCAAUACCAUGGACCUGUGA